GUUUUGGUCGUUUGUGUAUUUCUCUGUUAAACAAAGGGAAAAGUCACAUGACAGGAGGCGGUUUGGUCCAAAGAGCCGAGGGACUGAGGGAAGCGUAGAGAGCUCUGUCCCAGGUGACCUUUGUUUUAUAAUUGGUCCCUGGGUGCAGCUCCACCGCCCAUGUGCUCACAUCAGCUCCUACCUGUGCUCGGGGCCUCAGGGGCGUUGGGGCCUCUUGUUUACAGGUGUUUGGUGGGACGUCACCAGGAGCAGCUGCUGAGGCUGAGAACAGGUGCUGAAGUACACACUCAGUGAGGAGACUCUUCAGAUCAGGACUUCACGUCUCAGACCCCCAAACGAGGACCGUUUAAAGGAUUCAGUGGACCAGAGCGGACAAUGAUGGCGCCAGACGACGGCUCUCUGGAGGACCUGCUGUACGGCAGCGGCCUUGGAGACGAGGACGGAACUGCUGCUGCAGACAGCGUGAGUACGAUGGAGCACCUCCUCCGUCCUCCAUCACCACAGGAGGUGAUGGAGGACGGAGCUUCCUCCCUCCUCCGCGCUGUGUCUGAGCCAGUUUGCAGAGGGUCAACGCUGCCCUCUGCUGGCGGCGUCUGGUUGGUGACCUGCAGUGUCUGCGUCCUCCCUGUUUCUAUUGUGUCUGAGGCUCUAGAGGCUCAGCUGAUCAGGCGGUGCCUGCUGGAGCUUUACAUGUCUUUAGAUGUGAUGAUUUCUGGAUUCAUCCUCCAGCCUCCUUUAACCCGCCUCCUCUCCAUCACGGCAGCCUGCGGCCGUCUCCGUCCCGGAGCUGCUGGUGUGUGCCGGCUGUGGGCAGCAGGUGUGCGAGCGCUUCUUCCUGCUGGCUGCAGGCCGGGUGUGGCACAGCGUCUGCCUGCGCUGCAGCCAGUGCCAGUGCGAGCUGCAGACGCAGCCCUCGCUCUUCUGCAGGGACGGGAGCAUCUACUGCCAGCAGGACUACUGCAGGUGAGCUGGGUGACCAGCUGGGUGGUCUCUGCUAGGUCCAUCGUCUUCUUUGUUCCCCUGUCCAGGAUGUUUGGAGGAGGCCAGUGCGCCCGGUGCUGCCAACCAAUCCCAGCUUCUGCUUUAGUCAUGAGGUCCGGCGAGCUGACCUUCCAUCCUCAGUGCUUCUCCUGCCAGGAGUGUGAAGUGAAACUGGUGCCUGGGAACCUGUACUGCAUGCAGGGCCAGAACCUCUACUGUCAGGCCCAUUACCAUGGCGACGAGAGCAUCCCACCGUCCACUGAUCCACAGCCAAGGACGAGUCUGACAGAAGGCCAAGUCCAGGUAUCAGCAGAAGGGGAGGACUCUGUGAGCAGCCCAGAGCCUCGACUGGACGACAGGCCGGUGGCUGGACGGACCCGCCGCCGGACCAAACGCAUCCGGACGUGCUUCCGCAGCGAGCAGCUCAGAGCGCUGGAGUCCUACUUUGCCCAGAAGCACAACCCCGAUGGUAAAGACUGGACCUGCCUGGCGUACAAAACCGGCCUGCCCAAGCGGGUCCUGCAGGUGUGGUUUCAAAAUGCUCGGGCCAAACUGAGGCGCUCGCUCACUGCGGAUGAAUCUCAGGUCAACUCGCCCUCGGCUCCUUCCAGAGGCGUAACCAUGGCAACCAGCCCCCCACCCCCAGCGUGCUCCCCUCUGGACCGGUCGUCGCCUUUCCCCAGCAGCACCAUCGACCACCUGCAGCUGUCUCUCCUCACCAACCCGCUCAGCGACGCGCCUCAGCUGCUCCAGCGCCCCGACUGCUUCCUGGACUGCAGCUCCCAGAAUGCAUCCUGCUGCCUCUCGCCGCUGGAGGCCUACGGAGACGCAGCAGGGGGGGCAGAGAGCUACCAGCCACGUUACUGCUAGAUGACGCCCUGCAGAGCGUCAGCUCCUCAGGACACUCCUGUAGCUUCGAGACCUUCUGAUCUGUAGCAGCAAAUUCCUCCAGGGUGAAAUCAGAUGAAUCAGGGUCGUGGAUCCAGAGCCAGCGCUAAAUGAUUGUUUUUUUCUGUAGCAGAAACAUGUUUUUUAUUGAAUGUGAAUCUUAAAGAUUAGAACUUUAUGAAUAGUUUGAACUUUCUGGUAGCAUUUCAGCACUAGAACCGACAACACAGAGCUGGUGUGAAAGUCACUGUGACCAGCAAAACACACUAAAGCAGGCGACAGUCCAUGGACGGUGAGGAAGGAGCUGAUGAUGAUGAUGAUGAUGAUGAUGAUGAUGAUGAUGGUCACGCCAACAUGGCUGCUUCAGGUCCAGUCGUCUUUCUUCACUGUGUUGAAUUUGAAUAAACUCUAAGUUUGUCUCUGUUUC